AUGUUCCGACAACCCCGCCGACCUGGACCCGCGGCAAAGGCUACAUUACAGCUCACUGCCUCCCAGAACGAGCGACCAAAACCACUACAGGAUUGGAUUGUUGCAUGCACAGGCUACACCAAGGACGAGAGGGAUGCGGCCGGAAAGAGAGUGACAGCAUUGGGAGGCACGCUGAUAGUAUCAAUGUCCAACGAUACUACAGUGUUAAUUGCAACGAAAACAGGAUCACCCAAAUACAAGAUCGCAUAUGAACUGGACAUCCCUGUUGUAAAACCUGACUGGCUGGAUCAAGUAGAAUCAUUAUGGGGAACAGGAUACCCAGUCGACGCCAAAAAGGUCUUUGACGAAUGCCGAUUAGGACCGUUCCAAGGAUGUUCAGUGUGCAUUACAGGACUUAAUCAUGACGUGCGGAAUAUCAUCGAGAAGGACGUUGUCCAAUACGGAGGACGCUACACAGCGGACCUUUUAAAGAACCAAACGACGCAUCUGAUUUGCGACUUUGGGAUAGGAAACAAGUACAGGUCGGCCGUCUCCUGGGGUGGCAUCAAAUGUGUUACGAUUAACUGGUUCAAGGACACCAUUAAGACCCUGGAACGCGCCGACGAAACUCUGUAUCCUCCCCCGACAGAAGAAACCAAUGUACCAUCAAGGAGCGGCAGCGGAGCAGGAAAGCGGGACCUGGCUACAGUUGACGAGCUGACGCUGGACCCUGUGAUUUUUGACCCACCAAACAAUAUGUACAUGGAAGCAUGUCAGAUCUUUCUGUGUCCGUCCUUCUCAAUAGAGGAGGUAGCUCAGUACAAAAAGAUCAUUCGGCUGGCCGGAGGGAUCCAUAUCACAGAGUACGAUCAUCGUGAAGUAACUCAUAUCGUGGUUCCCUCGAACAAGAUGGAGGCAAGCACGGUGGCAUUUCUCAAUGCGGAUGAGGAACUGCCAUUUAUUGUUCACCAGCAUUGGCUCCGUCAGUCGAAUCGGGAGGGCAAGCUUGCCCCAGAGUCUGAACACAUUGUCCCCUUCCCCACGCGUACAGAGAACGGACAGCCAAAACCAGUACGGAUGGAAGGCGCCACCACCUGGACUCUGGAUGCGGCAGUAGCGCCCAAGGACAAAAAUCGGACGAUCACCAGUACAGCAACCCUUCGUUCGAAACCUCUCCUCAAGUCCUCCGCAACUUAUGGACUCAACGAUGUGAGGUCUCCCAACACAGAUAGCCCGCCAUCCACGCCCUCUGACAAAACUACCAGACUUGCCUCACCUUCAUCGACAUCACCUGUGCAAACAAGGCAAGGUCUUCGGGAAAGAACCCACUCGGGACUUUUGACUCAAGCUCUGGGUGACCUCUCGAUGGUGGCGUCAACUCCCUUUCAAGUCACCCAAGAUCUCUCUCUGACAAUGAGAGCAGCUGAUCUCAACCUGGAAGAAAGCGACGACGACGAGAGGGUCAAGGAAGAGCCAGUGCUCAAUAUAUUCGCUGGGCUCUACAUCACCACUCGAGGCUGCAGCAAGAAACUGGAAGAGUUUGUUCGCAAAGAAGCCGGAGCCUGUGGCGGAACUUAUUUUGAUGAUGACCCGCCCCUUGUUGCAAAGAACAAGAUCAGAACAGUGGUCCCAAUGAGGACAAAACUGGAAGAGACUCAAGGAUUUCCUGGAGUGGUGGUGACAAGCUGUUGGUUUGAGAGAUCGGUGGCAGACGAAAAGAUUGUGGGCUGCGCGGAUCAUUUUCUGUUUGCUCCAAUGAAGUCAUUCCCGAUUGAAGGCUUCGAGGACCUUUACAUCUCCACCAGCGGGCUGGAUAUAACGGAGCACACACACGUCGAACGUGCAGUCAAGCAACUAGGAGGUCACUUUCACAAAGAUCUCGAGAAGGGCGUCACCAACCUCUUAAUCACUGACAGACCUUCGGGUCCCAAGUUCGAGCAUAUGGCAAGGAGCCGGCUCCCCAUUGUCAGGAUGAGCUGGCUUCAGAGAUGCAUUGAAGAGGGUGUAUGCUUGCCAUCUGACGACUUCUUUCUAGUACCAGUGCGUCAUUCGGUAUCUCAAGGUUCUGGCGAGUACGAUGACACCUCCCUGUAUGAUACAUCGGUGGUCCCAACACAGUCUGGGAUCCCUUCUUCGACACCCCUCGAUGGCCUUACUAUCUGCAUACCCAACCGCGUAGUGGGCAACGUGGAUGAGAUGAGGACUUUGUCCAAAAAGUUGGGCGCUCGGGUCUGCACAUCCUACAACUCCAGCAAUACUAGCAUGACUCAUCUCGUUCAUCAUGGCAAGAUCUCUACGACUGUGGUACGGGAUGUUCGAGCUGCUAACAAUGCUGGAGUGUGUGUCAUCGCGCCCAGCUGGUUAUACAAGGCGGAUGAAACUGGACUGCGCCCACCAGAGCAGGAGCAUCCAGAAGUAUACGGAACAGAAACCAUGGUCUACAAGGACUUGCGGCAGUCUUUCACAUCCCAGACCAUGCCUCCACCCUCAGCACCACCAAUAAAACGCAGUCAGCAGUCGCAGUCGGCCCCUGUUACGCGGCAAGGAUCGAGUUCGACUCCGAGGGUAACAGCAAGCGGGAAAACGAGCAUAGGCAAGGCGCGACCAACUUUAGUAAAACCUCGAUGGAGUACUCCCUCCAACCAACAGGAUGCCAGCCAAACAUUUCAAGGAACGGCAGCCGGAAAACUGAGCGUCAAGUUCAAGUCAGAGCCGAUAAUACCGGUAUCCCAAAACUUGAAUCUCACCGCAUCAGGGCCUGCUCCGGAUAUCUACGAUCAAGAUAUUAGCAUGCCGGAGGCUAUGGAGCAGGACAUUCAGGAGCAUCCGGACGUGCCUGCGGUAUGGCAGCCAGCGGCAUACACAUCUUUGCCCCGAGAUCAAUUAUCUCGAAAACGACGGAGAGCGCUGGGUCCGUCGGAGGAUUCUCAAGCCUCGGGAGCAGACGCGUCUAAGAGCUCAGGAGUCGAUGUCCCAACGGAGGACGAUUACUACAGAGCAUCACAAGACGAGGAGGCGAGAGAGUCCAAGGAUGUUGUGCAUUGGGUUGAUACGGAUGAAAGGGAGAGGAAAAGGAAGCUUAUGGAAGACUUGGGAUACAAGAACACAUCCUCCCUUUUCGCUCACCCAACCGACCAACCCAUCAGCGAGAGGAACGAUCCAGACCCAGGAACACAGCUUCGCCCAGUCAAGUACUUUCUUCUUUCAGGAAUCGGUGCCGAACAUCGCGAUGCGUGCAAGAAAACGAUUCGAGCCCUGGGUGGUAUCGUUCUGGAGGAUGUGACGUCAACGUCGGAGGAGUGGCGUAAGAAGUGCACACACUUGCUCACGAACGGAGACAACCCGCCCAAGACGGCUAAGAUGGUGAUCGCACGGUCUCGACGCGCCUCGAUCCUGACAAAGUCGUACAUGCUUGCCUGCGAGCAGGCCGGUGCCUAUGUGGAUGAGGAGCCGUAUCGCGUGCACUACUAG